GGGCAGUGUUACUGGACAAACUUUAGGAGAAACAUGUGAAAAUAUGUAAACAGAAAAUAAACAAUUUGAAAAUAUCAUUUAAGCGGUGGGUGGGGAUAUAAAGACCAAACAAAAUAAAAAUUUCCAUAAUAUUUGGAUAUUUGAUAUAUGGAUGCCAUCCCCAAACUUGCAGAUAAUUGUACUGUAUGCAUAUUGUAUUAACAUUAUUUGUCAUUCUCAGUAUUAUUUAACAUAUAACUAACAUGCCAACACCAAGGAUUAGUCAAACCACAUACAAUAUGGUACAAAAGGACGAAGCGUAUACAGACUUAAACGACAAUAUGGAAGUUGUUGAUCCAGAGAAAGAUUCAGAAGAGUUAGGAUGUUGCGGAAAAUGCCUCGCAAAAGUUUUUGGCUUCAUCGAAGAACUGACUGAUAAAUGGUGGUUCGUUGGAGUUGUCUUCACAGUGAUUCUAACGAUUAACAUUGUUGGGAUUGUUCUUGAUUGGCUCGUGGUUGUCGAUAUAUUGAACAUGACAAAAGGUCUGGUGUUCGGUCCUCCAGAGGUUGAAAUCACCAAUGCGAUAAUCACAGUUACUGCAUUGAGUUCAUUCACCUUUCUACUUGAAGUGAUUAAUUUGGGAAUUGAAAUGAAAACUGGAGAACCAUGGAUCGAGGAAGACACGGGUCAGGUCAUUACUUUAUACUUGAACAAUAUCCCAUUAACAAUCAUCAAUGCAUUCAUAGCGGCCUGCAGGGAAAUCGCCAUAAGUUAUUUUGUUUUGGCCAAAACAGGCUUUAGUCUGUUAUCAGUGGCGAUACGAUUAUUUCUAGCAUUAGUGCAUUUUGUGACGAAAAAGGAAAAGACAUAUCGAGACUCUUUUACACGAUUCCUGCUUCUGAUUGGACUUGGUGUUCUAUUCAGUGCAUCUAUGGCUAUAUUUAUUUUUUCCUAUGUCUCACCACAAGAAGGCAAUGAAUACAUUUUCCGUAAACCUGAGACUUGGGUUAAGGAGCGUCCAAACAGGGCAAAAUAUUUUGAUGGUGUUAGUAUUUUCUACAAUUCUCCAAGUUUCAACUGUGGUACCCAAGGCAAUGACACAAAAUGGCUGAAACUCGAAUCUUUAUAUGACGAACUAGAGGAGAAAGUUAACAGGAAUUGGUUUGAGUUGGAAUUCACUAAUUCUGGUGCGCAAUUUCGAGUAAUUAAUCAAACCAGUGAAUCUACAGAUAUAUCCAGUUGCUUUAGCAUGGACUUUGGCACUUGUUCUGUCAUAAAACAAGUUCCAGCUAGUUGCAAUUCCUUAUCAGGGAUUAUGUCUACCACAAUAAAGCUCACAUUCAAAUAUGAUAAACCAACUAAAUAUUUAGUAAUGGGGGAUAUCAAAUAUAACGCCAAGUUAACAUCAAAUCAAACCUGCGUGGACACUCAACAAUCGCCAGAUGGCAAACUAAAGUAUUUAAACAAUGAACUAGGCCAGUUGGUAUACUUCAAAACCAAGACAACAGCGGCUAACACUGGGCAUUUUCAGGGAAAUGACACCACUGGGUUUGACUUUUAUACAUACCCCAAUGAUAUUCAAAACAUUGAAGAAGUUUGGAUUACUGGCUUUAGGCAGUGUCCAAUGUCUGGCAGCAAAUAUCCAAACUUGGAUGCAACUUUACCAAUAGUGUGCUAGCUAAAGAAAAAUUGUUAGUUUCUAGAGACAUGAUGCAUGUCUACAUUCAACAGUUCUACAUGUAACUACUUUUUACAUUUUGUUAAAAAACACUGAUUUUUAAAAUGAACCAACUCUGAUGCUUUGAGAAAAAAACAUAAAAUCAUUAUUUAAAAUCCUUAUGACUAAAUCAAAAAUACUACAAAAAAUAAAAGGCAUCCCAGUUAAACACACAAUUACCUGGCACAGGCCUGAAUUUAUUAAUGGGUGCUUAUCUUUUUGAAUUGACUUGAUCUACGAUGUUUAAUAUUGCAAUUAUGAUAAACAUAUAACACUGGGAUUCUACUUCUGAGAAUCCUGGGC